AUGAACAAAUUGGUAAUCCUUUUCGCCGUCGUGGCUGUUGCCAGCGCCGCCACCCGUUAUGGCACAGAUGAAAGAACCGCCGAAGUCCUCCGCCAAACCGCUGACGUCCACCCCGAAGGAUACGCCUUCAACUACGAAACCUCCAACGGUCUCACCGCUCAAGAACAAGGCCAACUCCAAGGCGAAGCCGUCGUAGUCCGCGGAUCCUUCAAAUACCCAUCACCCGACGGUACCCCAAUUGAGGUCACCUACGUCGCCGACGAAAACGGAUUCCAACCCCAAGGUGCCCAUUUGCCAACUGCACCACCAACCCCAGAACAUGUCCUCAGGGCCUUGGAAUACAUCCGCACCCACGCCCCAAGGGAGGUUCCCGGACAAAGGAGACACUUCUAA